AUGACUUCCACCGAACUGCCUGGUGUCGCAUGGCCGCGCUCUCGUUCUUCCAAGCUCCCGCUACCUCCGGGACCGAAACCCCUUCCCAUUAUUGGAAAUCUACUCGACAUGCCGAUGACAAAUAUGGCGCCUGCGCUGCACAGGCUGAGCGCGAUAUAUGGUGAUUUGGUCUACCUCGACGUCGUCGGGCAGCCCGUUAUCGUCAUGGAUCGGUACGAGGACGCGUUCGCGCUGCUGGAGAGCCGUUCCGCAAACACCUCCGAGAGACCGCGACUUGUCAUGGCUGAAUUGGGCGGCCUCAUGUGGGAGUUCACGCUCCUGCCGUACAACUCAACCCUCAAGAGGUGCCGCCGCACGUUCCACAGCUACUUCUCGCAAGAUGCAAUCAUGGAUUACCGCCCGAUCCACGAGCGUGGGGUACGGAGGUUCAUGAACAACCUCCUCGACAGCCCCGAGGACUUCCUGGCGCAUGCUCGACGGACGUUGAGCGCAACGAUCAUGGAGGUCGUGUAUGGUAUCCGGGUGGAGAACGAGGACAACGAGUACGUGUCCAUAGUCGAGAAAGGCGGACGCAUCUUUGGUGAAGUCGUCGCGCCCGGGCGGUUCCUCGUCGAGCUCUUGCCCGCGCUGGCGUACCUUCCCGCGUGGAUGCCCGGGGCGGGAUUCAAGCGCAACGCUGCCAAGUGGAACAAAGACAUUAAAGCCCUCAGGGACGCUGAAGGGAGUGCCAGGACGUCGAUCGAUGGUACGAUUGACGAUGAAGAUUUUGAGCACUGCAAAGACGUAGUAGGCGUAGCCUACACUAUGAGCGCGCUCUCAGCGUUCUUCCUUGCCAUGGUCAUGCAUCCAGAAGUGCAGCACAAUGCCCACGCAGAACUCGACGCGGUUAUUGGUCCAAAUCGGCUUCCGAGCUUUACUGACCGCGAACACCUUCCAUAUGUGGAUGCGGUCAUGAAGGAAAUCACGAGAUGGCAUCCAGUUCUGCCCCUUGGUAUCACACAUCAGACGCGAAAGGACGAUGUUUACAAAGGCUAUCAUAUUCCGGCUGGGACAAACCUAAUCGCUAACAACUGGGCAAUGUCGAGGGACCCGGCAGUCUAUCCCGAUCCGGAGAAGUUUAUGCCUGAACGCUAUCUUGGCGACGCGGGAGGAAGGGCAAACCACAAGGAUGUUUCGCGACUUCUAUUCGGAUAUGGUCGACGAGUAUGUCCAGGUCGGCACUUUGCCACAGACGCCCUUUUCAUCUUCAUUACAUCCAUGCUCUAUGCCUUCGAAAUCCUUCCUCCUCUAGGCGCCGAUGGGAAGCCGCAACCUGUCCAGCGAAAAGUUGGCCUCGAUUUCCUUCUGUCGUUUCCGGAGCCCUUCGCAUGCCGGAUAGUGCCUCGCUCUCUCAAAGCGGAGGCCUUGGUCAAGCAGUCGAAGUCGCAUGUGUAA